AUGCCCUUUGGCAUAUCACCCGCACCAGAAGAGUUUCAACGUCGUGUGAAUGACAUCUUGCUGGGUCUCCCUGGAAUCAAAGUCAUUGCAGAUGACAUUCUUGUUUAUGGAAGUGGUGCAACCGAUGAAGAAGCUUAUCUAGACCACGACAAGAACCUCAGGGGUUUGAUGGAACGAUGCAGAGAGAAGGGUCUCAAGCUGAACCCUGACAAGAUCCAACUUCAACUCAAAGAGGUAAGCUACAUGGGCCAUCGUAUUACCUCGAAUGGACUAAAGAUUGACCCCGAGAAAACGAAGGCCAUCCGAGACAUGCCAGUCCCCACAGAUAAGCUGGGAGUGCAGCGAUUGCUUGGCAUGGUGAACUAUGUCCAGAAGUUUGCCCCUAAGCUAGCUGAAAUUACUACACCUUUACGUGAUCUGAUCAAGAAAGGAAAUGAAUUCAUAUGGGAGGAACAUGUACACGGGAAAGCGUUGGAUGAAAUCCGGCAGAUCCUUUCAGAACCACCAGUACUACGGUUCUUUGAUCCCAAUGUAAUGCCAGUCCUGCAGUGUGAUGCGUCCAUGAAUGGUCUUGGAGCAUGCCUUUUACAAAACAAUCAACCAGUGGCAUAUGCAUCAAGGUCUCUAACACCAACUGAAGUGCAGUACGCUCAGAUCGAGAAAGAGAUGCUGGCCAUCGUGUUUGGGAUGGAAAGAUUCGAAAGUUAUCUGUAUGGUCGAAACGUAAAAGUGGAAUCAGAUCACAAACCACUAGAGUCUAUUUUGAAGAAAAGCCUACUAAGUGCACCGAAACGCUUACAAAGAAUGAUGCUACGACUCCAGAAGUUUGAGCUCGAAGUUGUGUACAAGAAGGGGCCACUUAUGUUUAUGGCAGAUACACUAAGUCGAGCAACUCUCCACCAGCCUAAUGCCGAAGGACCAGGAGAGACAGAAGAAGUAAUGAUUAUGCAUGACACAAGAUCAGCAACGGAAAGAGAAGUAGAGCAAAUUGAUAUGUUGCAGAACCUAGCGGUAGGAGAAACUACUUUAGUCCAAAUUAAAGAGCACACGGAGGCAGACAACCACAUGCAGGCGUUGGUUCGAAUUGUGAAAGAAGGAUGGCCAAGUACACUAGCUGAAGUUUCUCCGGAAUUACGAGUCUAUCACCCGUUUCGCGAUGAGUUGACAGUACAGAAUGGAGUUAUUUUUAAAGGAGAGCGGUUGAUUGUGCCAGAAGGAUUGAGAACAGAAAUGAAAGAAAAACUUCACUACAACCAUGGCGGGGUACAGGCUACACUUAGAAGAGCAAGGGAAGUAUUCUAUUGGCCAGGGAUGAACAAGGACAUUGAGGAUGUCAUCGCGAAGUGCAAUGUUUGUGCGCAGUAUCGAGCAACAAACCAAAAAGAACCUCUUAUGAGUUCUCCAGUCCCAACACGUCCAUGGGAGUCGAUCGCAACAGAUCUGUUUGAGCUUCGAAACAAAGACUACCUUGUUACAGUGGAUUACUACUCUAACUUUAUAGAAGUAGACAGAUUAUACUCGAAGACAAGCACUGAAGUUAUCCAAAAAUUAAAGGCACACAUGGCACGUUGCGGUGUACCUGAGCGGGUAGUCAGUGAUAACGGGCCACAGUACAGUUCCAGCGAGUUUCAGGACUUUGCUGCGCAAUAUGAAUUCGAACAUGUAACCUCGUCGCCUCGAUAUCCUCAAUCAAACGGGAAAGCGGAAAGUGCGGUGAAGACAGCAAAGCGAAUUAUGAUGAAAGCGUUAGACGCGAAAGCAGAUCCUUAUCUGGCCAUGCUCGAACACAGGAACACACCAUCAGAAGGUAUGAGUACCUCGCCAGCACAACGAUUAUUUGGAAGGAGAACAAGAUCCACAAUUCCAACCUCGCGUAAAUUGCUUGAGCCUACCUGUAUGUAUUCUACAAAACAGGAGCUCCAACAGGCAAAAACUAAACAAGCUUACUAUUACAACAAGGGGUCAAAGAAACUUCCAACACUCAAGGUCGGUGAUGCAGUCCGUAUGAUGCCCGAGAAAGGAAAGAAAAGCUGGAGGAAAGGAAGGUGA